AUGCUGUCCAUGACGGUCCGGGGCCACGCUCUGCCCUUUCUCGUUGACACAGGGGCUACCAGAUCUACGGUUAAUCAGGACAUUGGGCCUCUGUCUGGACGGACUAUGAGCGUGGUGGGUUUCUCUGGGGUAAGUCAGAUUCUGUCAUUUACCAUCCCCCUCCCCACACACGUAGCGGGACAGAAAUUACAACACCCCUAUCUAGUGUCUCCCAGUGUUCCAGCCAAUCUCCUGGGUAGGGACCUACUCUCGAGACUCAAUGCACAGAUCCUCUGCGGUCAGCAGAGCCUCACUGUCACGUUCCCGGAUGGGUCUGAAGUUCUAUGUGCACAAGGGACUGGGGACACACACCAGUACCUCCUCAGAGACACUGAACCUAGAUUUGCAGACAUUUUUUGGGCCCUGUUGGAGCCAUCACAAACUGGACUCUACUCAUGUUAUCUCCAUUGGAAACCCUGGAUCCUCAGCGUCCACCCCUACGUGGCUCCACCUGACCCGCUCCAUCUGACUCUGUUCUAUGACCGGGAGGGUAAUGAAUGUUACCUAGAGGAAUUCCAAAAUCAGCUAGAAGGUAAGACCUGGCAGCUACAUUCUGGUGACAUUUUGGUGGGACAACAGGGGGUUGCGGCAAUGGUUAAUCUCACGAGAGAGCAACAGUCCUGGUAUAAUAUGUCUGAGACUGCUUUCCCCCACAUUUCACUGGCUCUCCAUCCGGGACAUGAGGCUCGUGAAUUGGGCCCCAUGGUCAAAGCAGCAGUCUCAGCCUCAGACUGGUCUUCCUCCGGCCUGCCUGGCGUGCUCCGCUCUCCGUCCCUGAAAAUGUUCAGAAUUGUGAGUACUACCACUGACUCUGCUUUAUGCACACAUGAACUCAUACCUAGAGACCAUGGUAGGGGACCAAUACGGUCCCGGUGCCAAACCCAUAUGUUGCUCUGAACAAUCUGUCCCCCGAACAAGCACAUUGUAUUAAUCUUGCUAAUGCUUUUUUCUGUCUCCCUUUACAUGAGUUCAUUCGGGACGUCUUCUCGUUCACCUACCAGCGUCGCAGACUCCGUUACACCCGCCUCCCACAGGGAUUCGCCCUCUCCCCUGGCAUCUUUAACCAGGUUCUGAAAGAGAGUUUGGCUGACCUGCAGCUGCCCGAUUGCACCACAGUGAUUCAAUAUGUCGACGACCUGCUCAUUGCGUCCACCACAGCCGAGUCCUGCCUGCAGGCCACACGGGCCCUGCUCCUACUCCUGGCCCGCCAUGGGUUCAAGGUCAGUCAACCUUAGUUGCAAAUCGCGCGGAAACAAGUUUCUUUCCUCAGCAGACUACUGUCACAAAAGGGGGCCUCAUUGUCCCCCGCCCACCGCACAUCCGUUCUGCACCACACUAAGCCUGACACUGUCAAAGCUAUGCUGUCGUUUCUCGGUUUGGUGGGUUACAGCAGGCAGUACAUACCUGAUUUUUCCACUCUCACGUCUCCGCUGAGAGCCAUGGUCACCUCUGCAGGUAUGAGAAAUCUGAAUGCGAAGCCGACAUGCUCCCGCGACUCGGAAGCAGCUUUUAUCAAACUCAAACAAGAACUCGCUGCGUCCGCCGAAUUGGCCCUCCCCGACUACGCGCGCCCGUUCUUUUUGGAUGUUUCUGAAACAGAAUCUGUUGCUAACGGUAUUCUGUUCCAGAAAAAAGGGGGAGAGAGAACGGUACUGAUGUAUCUCAGUGUCAUCCUUGACCCCACAGAAAAACGUCAACCAACGUGCACAAGACAUGCUGCAGGUGUUGCCAAACUCAUCAACAAAAGCGCACACAUAGUUAUGGGACACACACUUCACAUCUUGACAUCACACAGCGUUGUAGCUUAUGUGAACUCACAGACUUUUACGAUGUCCUCCACAAGACAGCAAAAACUCGCUCGCAUUCUCGAAGCCCCAAACUUGCUAUUCACUCAUGAAGGGUUAACAUGGCUGAGCGUUUGGGGGAAGGUGUGUUGCAUGAGUGUGCCCACAGGGUUGAAAAAGAAUUAAAAGCCCGAGAAGACCUCCAGACGGAGCCCAUCCCAGGGGCCAGAAACCUAUACACAGACGGAUGCUGCUACAGAGAUGAGAAGGAAGGACCCAGAGCAGGAUUCUCGGUGAUAGAAGAAACACCAGACGGACUCAAGACGGUAACAGCACAAAAGCUCAAUGGACCACAGUCAGCCCAGAGAGCAGAAGUCGUGGCAGUGAUUGAAGCCCUGAAAGCAGGUAAAGACCAAGACAUUAACAUUUACACUGACUCAGCCUAUGCAGUACAUGCAGCACAAGUAGACCUAGGACAAUGGAUGAGAGCGGGCUACCUAACUGCAAAACAAGAACCCAUUAAACACAUGGAUGAAAUGAAAGAGCUUGCAAAAGCACUGUGGUUUCCCCAGAAGGUAGCCAUCAUCAAAUGCAAAGGACACGACAACAGCGGAUCCAGAGUUGCCAUGGGCAACCAAGCAGCGGACUCCGCAGCCAAAGCAGCCGCAGGAUAUCAUGAGAAGCUCCUGUUGGUAAGACCAGACACAGAGACACAAAUGACAAAACUGUCCCUUACAGAAAUCUCAAAAGAACAGGACCUAGCCUCACCUGAAGAGAAGACAGUGUGGAAACUCAGGGGCGCAGUCCUAUCGGAAGGGACCUGGAGAUCCCCAGAUGGAAGGUUGGUUCUGCCACCUGGGCUCAAAGACAGUAUCUUCUCAGAAGCACAUGGAGUUGGCCAUGCAGGCAUCUCCCAGAUGAAAGUGGACCUCAAAGAAUGGUGGCACCCCUUCCUACAUGACAUGCUAAAGGAGUGGGUAAGACACUGCACUGUUUGCACACACCACAACACCAGACCUACAUACAAACCCGGGGUGGGUAAGUUCCAACUAAAAACACGUCCAGGGAAAGAAAUCAUCAUUGAUUUUACAGAUAUGGUUAACUCAGUCCGAGGGUACAGGUAUGUUUUGAUGUGUGUUGAUGCAUUUACAGGAUGGCCAGAAGCAUGGCCAGUGAAAAGAGAGGACAGCAAAUCAGUAGUUAAGUGUCUCAUCAACCAUUACAUCCCAGAAAAGAUCAGGUCGGACAAUGGGUCACACUUCAAGAACCAGGACCUCCAGUACGUGGAGGCCAUGUUGGGACUUAAACAUGGUUUUGGGUCUGUGUAUCAUCCUCAAUCUCAGGGUAAGGUUUAGAGGAUGAACCAGACAGUCAAGAACAGGCUGUCAAAGAUUUGUGCCCACACAGGGCUGAACUGGGUGGAUGCUCUACCGCUCGCCCUCAUGUCCAUCUGAUCCUCAGUAAACAGGACAACUGGACACACCCCAUUCGAGCUCGAACGUGGUCGACCUUUUCCAGGGCCAGAGCGAGCCCUGCAAAACACUGA